AUGGCACAACAUGGUGACCAGUUCCGCAUCUUUUGCAUUGAUCGAGUUCAAGUGCAAGUUUCUGAUUGCGUUGUUCAACGUAUCCCUGUCACAAGAGCUGCUAACCAUAAAUUUCGUCAAUCAAAUCGUUCAGGUCGCCCUUCUAUCGACGUUGAUUUUCAUGCGAGUGUAGUAAAGGAGAUCAUUAAUUUGAUCAAAACACAUAAUCCUGAUGAAAACAAUUACGAAGAAUGGUUUUUCACGGAUAAAAGUGCCGCCGAUCUGGCAGAAUUUUUACCUGUGGCACUCUAUUUUGGACAAGAUGAGUUGGCUUCUCAAAUAGCCUCUCGUAUUGCAGAUGUUAUUCGUGGAAAAGACCCCGAGUUUGUUCGCCACCGACUGGGAAUUGCUAACGAUCUUACCGAGUAUGAGGAAGAAUCACUUAUGGAAGAAAUGAAGGGACUAUGCCUGAACGAUAAAAAACCUAUGUAG